AGAGGGGGCGGGGUCGCUCUGCGCGCCCCUUUGGCCAAGAUGGCGGCGGGUCCCAUCUCGGAGAGGAACCAAGAUGCCACCGUGUACGUGGGAGGCCUGGACGAGAAGGUCAGCGAGCCCCUCCUGUGGGAACUCUUCCUCCAGGCGGGCCCCGUUGUCAACACACACAUGCCCAAAGACAGAGUUACGGGCCAGCAUCAAGGUUAUGGAUUCGUGGAAUUCCUCAGCGAGGAGGACGCUGACUACGCCAUCAAAAUAAUGAAUAUGAUCAAGCUCUACGGGAAGCCCAUCCGGGUCAACAAGGCCUCAGCCCACAACAAGAACCUGGACGUGGGGGCCAACAUCUUCAUUGGCAACCUGGACCCUGAGAUCGACGAGAAACUGCUCUAUGACACUUUCAGCGCCUUUGGGGUCAUCCUUCAGACCCCCAAGAUCAUGCGUGACCCGGACACGGGCAACUCCAAGGGCUACGCCUUCAUCAACUUUGCCAGCUUUGAUGCCUCCGACGCCGCCAUCGAGGCCAUGAACGGACAAUACUUGUGCAACCGCCCCAUCACUGUCUCCUACGCCUUCAAGAAGGAUUCCAAAGGCGAAAGGCAUGGCUCGGCGGCUGAGCGCCUCCUGGCUGCUCAGAACCCCCUGUCGCAAGCGGACCGGCCUCACCAGCUGUUUGCAGAUGCCCCGCCCCCACCAUCGGUGCCCACCCCAGUCGUUACCACCUUGGGGCCAGGGGUCACCCCACCAGGCAUCCCACCACCAGGAUCGUUCCCUCCACCGGUUCCGCCUCCGGGAGCCAUGCCCCCAGGAAUGCCUCCAGCCAUGCCACCUCCACCCAUGCCCCCGGGCGCUGGAGCCCCGGGGCCCCCUUCGGGAGGCGCUCCUGCCGGGGCCCAUCCUCCUCACCCGCAUCCUUUCCCUCCUGGCGGGAUGCAUCCAGGAAUGCCUCAGAUGCAGGUGCAUCACGGAAUGCCCGGGAUGGGCCCGCACCACCCAGGGCCGCCGGGGGCAGGCGGUCAGCCACCACCCCGCCCGCCUCCAGGCAUGCCCCACCCUGGCCCACCCCCCAUGGGCAUGCCGCCCCGGGGGCCUCACUUUGGAUCUCCAAUGGGUCACCCCGGGCCCAUGCCUCCCCACGGGAUGCGUGGACCACCUCCCUUGAUGCCUCCCCAUGGGUACAAUGGGCCCCCUCGCCCUCCUCCAUACGGCUACCAGCGGAUCCCUCUGCCCCCUCGCCCUGCUCAAAGGCCCAUGGUGCCGCCGCGAGGGCCCAUGCGGGGGCCGCUACCCCCCUAAACAAAAG